AUGCUCAAGACUACCACCGAGACGGGCGACAUAGGCAUCUUCAGCAUUAAGCCGGUCGCCCCCGCAACUACGAUCCAUCACUACGCAAGGUCAAGAUCCGGUCUCGAUGCUGGCUCUAUCUUUGGGGCGGAUCCCCGCCAAAGUAAUGGAACCAUAUCCAAAAUUGAACGCAGACGGCGUGGCUCUGAUCAUGACACCAACUCAGAGAUCAUCUCCAUGUACGGCUCCGAGGGCCCUCCAUCCUCCCUUUCGGGUUCGCUGCCGCCCAGAAACAGCGAGUCAGUCGAGCGGUAG